AUGGCACAAGGAAAUAAUUAUGGGCAAAGCAGCAACGGGGUGGCUGAUGAAUCCCCAAACAUGCUGGUGUACAGAAAGAUGGAAGACGUCAUAGCCCGCAUGCAAGAUGAGAAAAAUGGGAUUCCUAUUCGUACAGUCAAAAGUUUUCUUUCCAAGAUCCCCAGUGUCUUUUCUGGUUCAGACAUUGUUCAAUGGUUAACGAAGAACUUAUCUAUAGAAGACCCAGUGGAAGCUCUACAUUUGGGAACACUGAUGGCAGCACAUGGCUAUUUCUUUCCAAUCUCAGACCAUGUUCUAACACUAAAGGAUGAUGGCACCUUUUAUCGAUUCCAGACACCCUAUUUUUGGCCAUCAAAUUGUUGGGAGCCGGAAAACACAGACUAUGCUGUUUACCUCUGCAAGCGGACAAUGCAAAACAAAGCAAGGCUAGAGCUAGCAGACUAUGAAGCUGAGAGUUUGGCCAGGCUACAGCGAGCAUUUGCUCGGAAAUGGGAGUUUAUUUUUAUGCAAGCUGAAGCACAAGCAAAAGUGGACAAGAAGAGAGACAAGAUAGAGAGGAAGAUUCUUGACAGCCAGGAGCGAGCAUUCUGGGACGUGCACCGGCCGGUGCCUGGAUGUGUAAACACUACUGAAGUGGAUAUAAAAAAAUCUUCAAGAAUGAGAAAUCCACAUAAAACAAGAAAGUCUGUCUAUGGCUUACAAAACGACAUUCGAAGUCACAGCCCUACCCACACACCAGUACCAGAGACUAAGCCACCCACAGAAGAUGAACUGCACCAAGAGAUUAAGCACUGGCAAAUGCAAUUAGACAGACAUAGAUUAAAAAUGUCAAAAGUUGCAGAGAGUCUAUUAGCUUAUACAGAGCAGUAUUUGGAAUAUGAUCCUUUUCUUGUACCCCCUGAUCCCUCAAACCCUUGGAUAUCAGAUGACACCACUUUUUGGGAACUGGAGGCAAGCAAAGAGCCAGGACAGCAGAGGGUGAAACGAUGGGGGUUUGGCAUGGAUGAAGCUUUGAAAGACCCUGUGGGAAGAGAGCAGUUUCUCAAAUUCCUGGAGUCAGAAUUCAGUUCAGAAAAUUUAAGGUUCUGGUUAGCAGUAGAAGACCUGAAGAAGAGGCCUAUCCGUGAAGUUCCUGCUCGCGUCCAAGAAAUCUGGCAAGAAUUUCUUGCUCCAGGUGCACCCAGCGCUAUCAAUCUAGAUUCAAAAAGUUAUGACAAAACCACGCAGAAUGUAAAGGACCCUGGAAGAUACACAUUUGAAGAUGCUCAGGAGCACAUUUACAAACUGAUGAAAAGUGAUUCUUAUCCUCGUUUUAUACGAUCCAGUGCCUACCAGGAGCUGCUACAGGCCAAGAAAAAGUUGGAAAACACACUGGAUCGUCGAACAUCUUUUGAGAAAUUCACACGCAAUGUGGCAUUACAGACUCCGAGGGACUCUCUAGCCUUUCGAUGCCUCCAUUUCGAAAACUGUCUGCUCACUUCCUCCUUCAUAUCAAGCUGGAUCUGUGUCUUUUUAUUUUCUGCAAGCUCAAGUACAGUGAAAAAAAAGCUUCUGCUAGGCACAGUUUAUUAA